AUGGAAUCCCGUGAAAGCGCCCGUGAGCUCGUUAGGAGCAUUGCUAGGGGCCGUGGUUAUCUGAGUGAGGAAAUACUGGAACGGAUGGACCAGGAUACCCGUCGAGAGGUCGAGGAAGCCAUGCUGAAAAAAGACGAGAAGAUAGGGUCUUCUGUAUUGACAUUAGCCAAAGAUGUUUAUAAUAGCAGUGCUCGGUUUGUGUUCGAGCUGUUACAGAAUGCCGAUGAUAACAGUUACUCUAAGGCCAAAUCCCGUUCGGAAGCACCCUAUGUUUCAUUUCGCGUCUACCCGCGACAAAUUGUUUUUGAAUGUAAUGAGGAUGGCUUCACGCCAGAGGAUCUGAUCGCCAUCUGCAAUAUCGGAAAGAGUUCAAAGACUAGUGUCCAAGGAUAUAUUGGAGAAAAAGACAUUGGGUUUAAGUCGGUAUUCAUGGUCGCGUGGAAAGUUCUCAUCCAGUCGGGAGAACUUUCAUUCUACUUACAGCACAGGAUUGGCGACUCGGGGAUGGGCAUGAUUUCACCCAUCUGGCAGGAAAGAGAAGAGGAGCAGUUCCAAGAGCUUCAGGCGACCUUUCUUCUGUUUAUGAAAAACAUUGAAAAAAUCGACGUUGCCUUCUAUGAUGAUGAAAGUAAGGAAACGUGUAGUAUGCUCUACUCACUGGAAUACCUGUGCAAGUCUCGGGGUAAACUCGUGGACGAAAAAAGGGAGAACGGUCAUAUUCACGUGGAUACUCGACACUACCAUAUCACCAAAAUCACGUUGGACAAACUUCCCUUUUUGAUUCAUGCAGAUUUUGAUACCGACGCCGGCAGACAGGACAUACCUCUGUCUUCAACCAGGAAUACCACUUUACUCAGUUAUGUAGGCCUGGUGCUUGCUACAGCAGUGCAGGAAUUUUGCCAACACCCAACCUUACAGUAUCAAUGGAUGAGAUACCCCCCAAGACGCGAUGAGCUCUCCCGUGGUUCUUUUUCGCAAGAACUGAGUGCCCAUAUCCAUGCUCACCUAAAUAUGUCUGAUGUUCUUUGGACAAGAACUCAUAGCGAACUGCACCCUAUCAUACGUACGCGAAGACUACCUUCUAGUAUGCUCGAUAGCAAUGGAGAUCCUCUGUUGCGAGACUUGAAGCCUGAACAGUAUCUCUCCCCUAAGUAUCGUCCAAGAGACUUGAAUUUGUUGACGGGGUACGGUCUUGUUUAUAUGAGCAAUUAUGGGUUCCUGGAAAGGGUUCGCCAGGAUCUUAGCCGCGACGACUCACUGAUAAGAUCAUUCAGUGUCAAAGAUGAUGAUUGGCAUUCGCGUGUGGCUAGGGUCCUGAUGUCAGCCUACCAGGAGAGGCCCAAAUCGGUGUCUGCGCUUGCUAUUACCCCCCUGACUAACGGCGAAUGGAGAUCUUCAACUUCCAUAAAGGCCUAUCGCAUCUACCAUCCUCACUGUAACGGUUACCUCAUCCCCGAAGUGAACAUGCGUUUGGUAGACUCGCGAGCUGAGAAGAACCCCGACCGAGAAAGACUAUUCAGUCAACUUGGUGUUAAAAAUCCGAAGGUAUCUCGGGUUCGAGAUGCUAUCAUCCGUACCAAUUACAACAAAACAGUUGACCUCGACGAUUCUCGAGCACAGCUGGAAUUUCUCUACCUUACGGCCCAUCUUGACCGCCGAAAUGAUUCUGCGCAUUUCUACAGCGACAUAGAUCUCAUAGACCAGCAGAACAGAUACCGGGAGCCGGAUUCACAUACCUUUUACUUUCCUGGAAAGGACUUGUACAGUGCCGAGCAAUUACUCACGCCGACGAAACCUGCCGGGACCGGGAAGAGUUCAAGGCCCAGCGUUUACAUCCUACAUAGUCGCUAUAUGGAACCCCGCCCUAUAAAGCCAAUUGGGGAACGCCGGACAUGGAUGACGUGGUUGUCAGAGUCACUGCAGGUCCGCAACACUAUUCCAAUUACAGAUUCAACCCGGUUGAGCCCAGAGUGUACCUUCAUAGCCGAGCAUCAUCCUGAGAAACUUGUAGGGUUCUUGGUCAAAAACUGGAAAUUCGAUGCUGCUCUCCUGGAAAAGCAGAAGCUGGUUGAUAAGUUGUUAGAACUUCAAGUUGUCUGUGAGAGUGGAUCGAGCUAUUGUCUGGGCGAGACAUAUGUCCCGGUUCCUGAGCUUUCAUACCUCAGACAAUUUCUUCGGGAUGAAGAUGAUUUCCCAUGGCUUAAAAUCGACAAUACCUGGCUUUCUGAACUGAACGAUAUGGCUAAAGCAUUGGGUUUCGGCUUUCCAAAAUCCGAGUUGGAAGCCUACCUGCGAGCUCUACAGUCUAUCAAGGAAUCUAGUGAUGGUAAUGAUGCAACACUCAAUGAGACCGAGCGUGUCUACGAUCUGUAUGCACGCAUCCAGGCUCAGUACAGUGAGACCUCAACACCAGACUAUUGUCGUUCAUUGCUUCGGACUGCUUUCGCUUCUCAAAACCUCAUUUAUGUACCAAACAUACAUGACGAGGCAGAAAGGCCGUGUUGGGAGUCCUCAGGCAAUUGCUUGUGGGAAGCGCCCCAAUCCAUGGAAUGCAAGAUCCCAUUAAAAUGGAAGUACAACGACGUGAAGCAUGGAAGUUGUCUUGCCAAGCUCUUCAACAAAACGCUAGGUAUACCAAACGUUGGGUUGAAUGACUUACUGAAAGAGCUGAACUCUUUAUCUGCAAAGGGCUGCGACAAUGUCGACAGAAUCCUAAUCCUGUACAGAGAAAUAGAUAAGUGCCGCCCGAAGAUGAAUAAGGAGACUACAGAAAAAGUCCGGCGGAACUUCGAAAUGAGGAAACUUAUUUAUAGUAACGGGAAAGCCACGGGUGAAUGGCAUAGCCCAUCGCAAUGUUUGUGGUCGACUGUCACCAAUACCAGAGGGAUCGUAACGCUCAAGGACCUGUACAAAGACCUGCAAGACUUCUUUGUCGAGCUACUAGGUGUUCCAACAUUGACAGCGGAAAUGGUGUACAGCAAGCUCCUUGAGCAGGGACGCGGGAUGACACCUAUCAACGAGGUCAAAGAUAUCAUCUGGCUUCUGAAUUCGUACCUACAGAGUGAAGAAGAUCCACCUAGUUCAACUAGCCUACUCGAAAGUAGAGUGUUCCCAGUGAGGUAUCCCAACGGUGUCGUAGAGCUGCGCAGCUCUACAGUUGACUUCACCAUCUCUGACCGAAAACAUCUGUCACAAUAUUUCUUCGACAAAGUCCUGUUCCUUGAUUUCAGUACUGAAGAGGUAUUGCAGCUAGAGCCUUUCAUCGAAUGGGCUAAAAUUGAGACACGCUAUAUCUCGUCCUGCGUGAAGGAGAUUUCCUGCUAUACGGGCGACUCUUACAGGUCGCCAACGUCUCCAGAUCGAAAGUUAUCUCAGAAGGCUUACGGGCUACUGCGAAUUGCCGUACAUUACAAGAGCCCACGACUAGUGGACGGAGGGCGGGCGUUUUACGACAUACUGAAGAACAUCGAUGUUCGCGAAACGGAUGGAAUCACCUGUGAACUACAUCUACAGCAGGAUGGGAAGGAAAUCAAAGCCAAAGUCUCGGAGGGCGAGAUACAUAUCGAAGAAAUAACGGAUGGGCUGCACAUCUAUGUGCCGCGGGAUCCGAAAGCCCAGUACAUCUGCUUCCUGGACAGAAUACACAAAGAUCUCUUGGAGUGGAUUCUGACGGAGCCGUCUACGGCAAUAUUUAAACCGUACAGCGAGAAGGCACUAACUCUAAUGGCUGGUAUAGUCUCCAUUGAGACACCGGAGGACUUGUCCGGUGUCGAUGUUGACGCUUCCAAUCCUACGGACCAGACCUCUGUUGAGAACAGCCAUGCUAUACGAGGGUCAAGUUCCCGCAGCAACAGCAUAUCAGCCUCCGAUACAAAUGAUACAAUUGCGAAUGAGCUAUCUGAUGAUGGACAUGGGGCCCAAGACCUGGGUGAGCAAUAAUUCAAAGAAUCACGCACCUACCCGCUUCAGAUGGACCCUGUCGUUGCCGACUUCGACCUCCAGAAACGGAGUAGGUCUGGCACAUUGCAUGCAGACACCGCAAACUUCGAUUUCCUUGACUCGUCGUGAACGCCGCCAGGGGAAAUACAUUCCCAAGUCAGGGUCCAUUUAACAGGGAAUCCCUCAGUCGAGCACUGACUGUUCGGCUGGUUGACGACGAUAACCUUGUCUGUUUUCGCACCUUCCACAUUGCGAACGAGACAUUGAAAUCGCCGCGACAGGAGAGCUAUUUGUAAAUGGCUAUAUAGACCUCGAAAAAUCGUCUCGCCUAGAUUUAGACCUUGCCGCUUUCACUAAUGAAGCUCCA